AUGGCGGCUCUUGUCCGAUACGGUCUAUUGCUGGUUGUGCUUGCCGCGGUUACAACUUAUCUCCAUGUCACCGACAGCGAAAGAAGCUUGGAGUCAGUUCCCGCGACGGACUCUGUCACUCAAGCUCACGACACCAAGCCCCUCCUGAGGCAAGAGGUCAAGACGGCCCCUGACGCCCGUGAUGUCGCUGCAGGUGGAGAAGAGAGGGCAUUCAUCGGUAGCUACACCAAGAACGUCCUGUAUGAGCUCCUCGCAAAGCUUCGCGUUACACCGCAGACUAUCGCCGUCCACCUGGGCAUUAAAAGCGGACGCGCCCCUGCGGUGGUCCAUCGGUUUUACAACAGUUACCACAGGUGGUUCGCUGCCCACGGUCGGUUCUAG